CUCUGGCAACGUCCUACGGGCGCUGUUGGAACUCCGGUAAGUAGGGGCGAUGUUGUGGUUAUCCAUGCCGCCGACACAUUCUCCGAUCAUUCUCUUGUACGGAAGGCCACCUGUUGCGAGAGCUCCCCACGCAUGGAGUUAAGCUCGGACCGUGCGGUGGCAAGGCUGGAGAUGUCGCAGGUCCAGAGCGAAGACGGGGAGCCUUUUAAUGAGAGCAGCGACGGGGACUACGAGAGCUUGCCGCCUCAUGUCUCCGUGACGACCCACAUGACAGCCGGAGCCGUGGCAGGCAUACUGGAGCACACGGUGAUGUACCCCGUGGACUCUGUCAAGACACGGAUGCAGAGUCUGCAGCCGGACCCCAAUGCACAAUACAAGGGCGUGUAUGAAGCCCUGAAACGGAUCAUCAAGACGGAGGGGGUCUUCAGACCGCUGAGGGGCCUCAACAUCACCAUGAUGGGAGCGGGGCCCGCCCAUGCACUCUACUUCGCCUGCUACGAGCGCGUCAAGCACUCUCUGAGUCACAUCAUUCAGAGCGGAGGCAACAGCCACAUAGCCAACGGCGUGGCAGGGAGUGUGGCCACUGUUCUGCAUGAUGCCGUCAUGAAUCCAGCUGAAGUGGUAAAGCAGAGGAUGCAGAUGUACAACUCUCCCUAUCGAGGACUUUGGGACUGUGUUCGGACAGUGACGCACACCGAAGGCAUCGGAGCUUUCUACCGCAGCUACAGCACUCAGCUGACCAUGAAUAUUCCCUUCCAGGCGGUUCACUUCAUCACCUACGAACUGAUGCAGGAGCAGCUGAACCCUCACAGGCAUUACAACCCGAGCAGCCACAUAGUGUCGGGAGCGGCGGCGGGGGCGGUUUCGGCCGCGGUGACCACUCCGCUGGACGUUUGUAAAACGCUGCUCAACACGCAGGAGAAUGUCGCGCUGAGCUCUGUGAACAUCAGCGGCCACCUGUCGGGAAUGGCCAAUGCUUUCAGGACGGUGUACAGACUGGGAGGUCUGGCAGCAUUCUUCAAAGGCGUCCAAGCUCGGGUUAUAUACCAGAUGCCCUCUACUGCCAUCGCCUGGUCGGUGUACGAGUUCUUCAAGUACUUCCUGACGAAGCAGAAGCUAGAACAAGAGGCGGCAUCCGGGCAGCUGUGAUGUUCGCCUUUCCUUGACUCAUGAAACACUCCAAGCCCAAAGGAUGUGAGAGUCGGUGAGGAGGAAAACGGCACCAAGACACCAGGUGGCAGUGUGGCGUUUUAAUUCCACUCGUCAUUGUCAUCUCAUUAUCUGGGUUUGUGGGGUUUUUUAUUACUUUUUUUAGCUACAGCGAUGGCUGCACAACCACUCUAUGCAAAAAACAGGAUUUAUCUCAAAUAGACAAGGUGUCCUAUUUAACUGCACUGUUUCGCUCCACUACCAAGUCAGUCACAGCUCAGUUCCCUGUUGUCUCCAUGUGGUGAGCACAUGAUGAAGUUGUCUGAAACUAUGUUUAUUUGUCUGAAAUAUUGGAACUUUUUAUUUAUUUGGUUAGCUUCCUCUAGCUUGGAGUUUAUAGCUGCGGAGGAAAGCACAGCGCUGUUUGUUUUAUGUGUUUAUGAAAACUUUUUUUUCGCCAUUCUUUAAUUCCAGCACUCUGCGGGAGAGACAGCGAUGUCAUAUAAGUGCCUAACUAAAAUCAAGCACUGCUCCACCCAUUUUUGUUGUACUUUUAUAUAGGAAUACUUGAUUGGUUCUAGGCCCAAGAUGUAUUUAAACACGCACACUUCUUCCUCUGUUUCAAGGUAUGUGGGCCAUAGUAAACCAAUUACAGGUGAAUCUCAGUGAAUCCGAAUAUAGUAACAGAAAUGUAUUCUAUUUCAGGAAUGCAAUUCAAAAUUUAAAUCUCAUGUUUUAUAGAUUAUUUACAAGCAACGUGAUAUAUCAGACUGAUUUAAUUGCUCAUUUUGAUGCUUGAUGGCAUGCAGCUAAUGGAAAACCCAAAACAAAAUUUUGCAGGAAAUUCAAAUUUUACAUCAGACCAAUAAAAAGCAUUAUUAAUACAGCAAUGUCAGUCUAAGAGAAGUAUAUCCAUGUACUGUUCAGUGCAUGCAGACAGCGCUCGGUAGGAGCUUCUUACUGCAUCGGUGCAGCGUUGCAUGAAGGUGGUCUGCUGAAGUGUUCAAGUAGCCCUGGUUACAUAACUACCUUCAGCUCAUCUGCAUCGUUAGGUCUGUGAGGCAGAUGCCAACACCUGCUGGAUUAAGUAAUCUGGGUUUAUUGGCUCCAGGUCUACAACUAGUCAAUCGCCUCUAAAAUGUAUGAAUGGAUUUUGGUUCACAAUCCUCUUAUGACUGCACUAUCCCUGCUGCUUGGGCACGCCCACAUUUUUUCCUUCCACUUAUCUUUACGUUAAUAUGCUAGGAUAAAGCACUCUGUGAAUAGCCAAUGUCUUGGUCAAUUUUUUUAAUGGACUCCCCUCCUUGUAUCAGUUUCAGGACAACUGUGAACUCGGCAGUCUUUCUCCAUGGUUUUGUGGGCCAUGGCUUUGUCACACUAUAACAGUUUUGCAUUAAAGUCAUUUUAUUUUGUACUGUUAUGGAAUAGUCUAAUUUUCUGUUUUGCUGAAUGUUAGGUUUUCCUUAGCUGUAAGCCUAAAUCACUUAAAUUAAUCGAAUUAGGUUUUUAAAAUUGCUUUGUGUAAAAUGAAAAAAAAAAAUUCAUUUUUGAUGAUCAAAUUAGCUGAGAUCUACCUGUGUUUGCCCGGUAAAAGCUUAAUGACGCAAUGCUCCUGAGUCACGCACAACAGAGUCUUAGCCGUUGCAGAACAUUGGCAGCUUGUUUGUAUGAAUUCAGAGGAUAUAUUUAUGUACUGAAAUGGUCUAUUCCUGAGAAAUCUCUUUGGAUCAGAACUGACUGUUGCCUUGGAAGACGGCAGCAGUGAUUAGCUUUUGUGAGACUUGUUUUGUCAUAGCAACCUUAAAGGCCUUAGAUUGUCUGAAUCAUCCAAAAUAUUUCUUAUUUUCUCCUUAUGCAGAUUAUGUGAUUAAAAUGUAAGCUUGUAAAUGAAGUUUUUAAACUAAGCAAUAGUGCUGCACUGGCUGUCCUUGUGGGGUCAGUAAAAAAAACAUCAACCCCCCCCCCCCCCAGAUCCAAUGAAAUCGUUUUAUUUUCUUCCAUCCUGUUGAAGUUACUCAUUUCCUGUGCGCUCUAUGCAUUUUUUUUUUUUUAGCCUAUUUUCUAUGUUUUGUUUCAGCUUUCAGGAUAUUUAGCCAGAUUGAUGCAAUUCACAGAGCACUCUGAUUUAUUUGUUUAUGAUUACUGAGAGGGUUUUUUUUUUUCUUUCUGAAGACGUUUGUCAGAUUCCAGUCCAGUAUUCUCUCAAACUCCAUGAAUUGCUCUGGCUUGUGUGUUCGGGCAAACAUAACCAAAGAUGUGUGUUGCUUUCUUUUUGCUUUCUGCUUUUAAUCUGCUGUGAACACUCAUUCCAUCUCUGCUGUUUAACCUCGAUAUAGUGUUAAGUUAGUAAGAAAAACUUGAAUUUUUUUUUACAGCUUCGGUUUUAUAGAUUGAGAUUUUCUACAAGUUUCACUUUUCUCAGUGUUUUUUUAUGUUUUUAGUUUGCCUCAGACGAUCAGAUUUCAAACCAAGUUUUUAGCUCCUUGUCUUAACCUGGUUGAGCUGGUUUAGCGUAUGUAACCUUCUCAUGUUGCUUUCAGUGCAAUAUGACUUCACAGAAAUCCAAUAGAUUUUGUUACCUACAGCAUAAAUGCAUCUUUAUAUUUAUGAUUAUAUUUGUUUUUGCUGUUUUAUUGAAGUAGAAUCAGACCAUAUCUCAGAUCACUGACAAAACAGUUCUCUUAUAUCUAAAUACAUUUGCAUUUGAAAUGCAUGCACUCAUCAUUCAGAGUGACGAGAAAUGUUUUGAGACUUUGAUCACUGCUAAAUUAAGAGGAAACAUUUGUAUUCUAUAGACUUUUGCCUGACUUUUGCCGAGUUCCAUCUCCGGAUCUGGAAGGCUUGGAAUUUUGACAAUGCAAACAAAAGAUGAUUGUGAAAAUGCUGCUACAGUUUGUAACACUGGAGCUGAAAUAAACAAGAGAUGAGGAA